UUCUUCCUCGCAGCGCGCCGCGCGUCGUCGUCUCCACCCACCCGACCUCGCGCGCCACGCCGAGCCCGCGAGCCACCACCCACCCACCCACCGACCACCCGCAGCCUCGCCUCGCAGAUCUCGGGAGCCCGAUCUCCCCGGGCGGUGACUCCCCCCGCCUCCUCAUCGAUGCGGGCGCCGGCGAUGCUCCAGUGCGCCGCGGCGCUCGCGGUCCUGCUCGCCGUCGCCGCGCCGGCCGCCGGGUUCUACCUCCCCGGCGUCGCCCCGAGCGAUUUCGCGAAGGGUGAUCCGCUUCAAGUGAAGGUGAAUAAGUUGACAUCAAUCAAGACUCAGCUCCCAUAUACAUAUUACUCCCUUCCAUUCUGUAAGCCAGCUACCAUAGUCGACAGUGCCGAAAAUCUUGGUGAGGUUCUUCGUGGUGAUCGAAUUGAGAACUCUCCUUAUGUGUUCCAAAUGAGAGAGCCCAAGAUGUGUCAGAUUGUCUGCAAAGCAACCAUUGAUGAGAAAGCAGCCAAGGAGCUCAAGGAAAAGAUAGAGGAUGAAUACCGUGUGAACAUGAUUCUGGACAACCUCCCGCUAGUUGUACCUAUUGCAAGGCAAGAUAAGAACAGUAUUGCUUAUCAAGGUGGAUAUCAUGUUGGUGCUAAAGGCCAGUAUACUGGAAGUAAGGACGAGAAAUACUUCAUCCACAACCAUUUGUCAUUUACAGUGAAGUAUCACAGGGAUGAUGAUUCAGAACUUUCUAGAAUAGUGGGAUUUGAGGUCCACCCAUACAGUGUCAAGCAUCAGUUUGACGAUAAAUGGAAUGGCGCAGACACUCGCUUGAGUACGUGUGAUCCUCAUGCGAGCAAAUUUGUAACAAACUCGGAUUCUCCUCAGGAGGUUGAAGCUGGAAAGGAGAUCAUAUUCACAUAUGAUGUUCGUUUUGAGGAUAGUGAAAUCAAGUGGGCCUCCCGUUGGGACACGUACUUGUUGAUGACUGAUGAUCAGAUUCACUGGUUUUCUAUUGUGAACUCUCUCAUGAUCGUGCUUUUCCUAUCUGGUAUGGUAGCCAUGAUAAUGCUUCGCACUCUCUACAGAGAUAUCUCUAGAUACAAUCAGCUUGAAACUCAAGAAGAAGCACAAGAGGAAACCGGCUGGAAGCUUGUUCACGGAGAUGUGUUCCGUCCUCCCACCAACUCUGACUUACUCUGCGUUUAUGUUGGCACUGGUGUGCAAUUCUUUGGCAUGCUGCUAGUUACAAUGAUCUUUGCUGUGUUGGGUUUCCUUUCUCCAUCAAACCGUGGAGGACUGAUGACUGCAAUGCUUCUAGUCUGGGUUUUGAUGGGACUGCUUGCUGGUUAUACUUCUUCACGUCUCUACAAGAUGUUCAAGGGUUCAGAGUGGAAGAAGAUUACCCUGCAAACGGCUUUCCUGUUUCCAGGCGUUGCAUUCAUUAUUUUCUUCAUCUUGAAUGCUCUUAUAUGGGGGGAGAAGUCAUCUGGUGCUGUUCCUUUCACCACAAUGUUUGCCUUGGUCCUCCUCUGGUUUGGCAUCUCAGUACCUCUUGUCUUUGUUGGGAGCUAUCUUGGGUUCAAGAAACCUGCCAUGGAACCUCCUGUGAAGACAAACAAAAUUCCACGACAGAUACCUGAGCAAGCUUGGUACAUGAAUCCAAUCUUCACCAUUCUGAUUGGAGGCAUUCUCCCAUUUGGGGCAGUUUUCAUUGAACUCUUCUUCAUCCUCACCUCCAUCUGGCUGCACCAGUUCUACUACAUCUUCGGCUUCCUCUUCCUUGUAUUUGUUAUCCUCAUCAUCACCUGCGCCGAGAUCACAAUCGUGCUCUGCUAUUUCCAGCUUUGCAGUGAGGACUACAUGUGGUGGUGGAGGUCUUACCUCACCUCAGGAUCCUCUGCUCUGUAUCUCUUCCUGUACGCUGCUUUCUACUUCUUCACAAAGCUGCAGAUUACUAAGGUGGUGUCUGGCAUCUUGUACUUCGGGUACAUGCUUCUCGCCUCCUAUGCCUUCUUUGUGCUGACCGGCACUAUAGGUUUCUGUGCCUGCUUCUGGUUCACAAGAUUGAUUUACUCGUCGGUGAAGAUUGAUUAGGUGCAAACACGACAGAGAAUUGCUCAUGUUUCAGUGAUUGAGUCAAGAGAACUGUAUGAUUAAAGUGGAGUGGGGACUUAUCCCCCUUUUCGUUAAGGUUUUUCAGGAAAAGUUAUUUUUUAGGAUUUAGUUUAUGAAUGAUCAUGUUUGGUUGUUGUCAGAUGAUACACUUUAGUGAUUUGAAACUCAGAUGAAUAUAAGGUAAACACAUUGUGACGGAGUUGUACCUUUUGACAUUUUUUGCGGGCCGCUAUAUAAAUUCAAUUCAUUAUGUUC